CCCCCCUACAACUCAUCUCUUCUUCGUCAGAAAGACAGAGAGAGAGGCAGGCAGAUACGUAGAUUUUCCUCUUUCUUUUCAUUAAGAGGAAACUGGGCAGUGACUGUUUCAUUCUUUUGUUUUGUUUGGCAGUCACAAUAGCUAGCUAAAUGGCUUAGUUCUUCUUGGCUGUUUUAUUUUUUUUCCUUUUUAAAUUCCCAGUUUCUUCUUUUCCUACGAUCCCAUUUCUUUCCCUUUCUCUCUUAUGUCAAAACUAUUGCUUUCCAUAUCUGCAUUUGUUUUUUGAUCAACUUUCAUUUGUCAAAUCUCUUGUCUGGUCUUUAUGUACUUAUUGUUUUGAUACUUGAUUUCGGUGCAUUAGGUAUUAAAAGGUGUUUAAUCAUGAUAAAUUUGCAAACUUUCGAGGAUAUUUUGAUGCUAACUGAUGAAAAAUUAAUACCUGGUUUGAAAUACGUGCUUAAUGUUGGAAAUUAAAUGCUGAAAUGAAAUUAGAGGAUGGGUAGGGUGAAGCUAAAGAUUAAGAAAUUGGAGAAUACAAAUGGACGUCAAGCGACCUAUGCCAAGAGGAAACAUGGUAUCAUGAAGAAGGCUAAUGAGUUAUCUAUACUAUGUGACAUAGACAUUAUCCUUCUCAUGUUUUCACCAACUGGCAAGCCUUCGUUGUGUAAAGGAGCAAGCAGUAGCAUCGAAGAAGUAAUUACAAAAUUUGCUCAGUUAACACCACAAGAAAGGGCGAAGAGGAAGUUAGAAAGCCUUGAAGCACUGAAGAAAACUUUUAAGAAGCUGGACCAUGAUGUUAAUAUACCAGAAUUUCUUGGUACAAGUUCUCAAACAAUAGAGGACCUGACUAGCCAAUCAAGGCUACUGCAGAAUCAACUAUCUGAUGUGCACAAGAAGCUGAGCUACUGGACCAAUCCAGAUGAGAUUAGCAGCUUAGAGCAUCUAGGGCAAUUGGAAAGUUCACUCAGGGAAUCACUUAAUCGGAUUCGAUCACAUAAGGAACACCUGGGAAAACAGCAUCUUAUGUCUCUAGAAUGCCAUAGUCAGUUUCAGAAUGCGAUGCAUGUACCUUUUAGAAUGGGUGUGGAGCAGCAGCUCCCACCUAUUUCAUGGAUUCCUAACACCGACAGUCAGCAUAUUAUGUUACCAGAGGACCCAAAUCUGCUUCCCCAUAGGGAUGCGGAGUGCUCUGCAACCACCUCUUUUGGGAGUUAUUCUGGCUACUUUGGCGCGGGGAAAAAUUCGGAGCUAUCUAGUUCUGGUCAAGAAAGUGGUAUGAAUGGUAUUCUUGAUGAGUUUAAUGGAACUGCAUCACUGAGGCUGCAGAUGGCUGGGCAGUACCCUUACCUGCCUGGGUCAUACAAUCUAAAUUUGUUGAACGAUUCAAAAUUCCAACCUGCAGCAGAGAUGAAAACACAAAAAAGCCCUGAGGAUUUUCAUGUUAAUGGAAGUUUUGAAGCUCCUAAACCUGGGUAUGACUCCACCCCUUGUGGUUGGGCUUCUACACCAGGAUCGUGCGCUGUUACUAUGUUUGAUGACCAUUUGUAUUCUCAGCAACCACACUGAGAUUGAGGGAUGCAACUCUUCAGUCAGUGAUAAGUUGCUGGAGAGCUUGGUCACAUUUUUGUGAAAUUACCUGUCCUCUAAAUGACGAUAUUGAAUUUGCUAUAGGUUCGUAGCUUUUCAACAGCGAGAAGAAGCCAGCGAAUACAUAAUAUCUAUACAGCUUGAUAUCAGCAUAGGAAUUCCCUUAUGCUGGUAACUUGUUAGAAAGAAUGGUGCUUGAUUCUAUCAAAUGAGGCAUUGUUUCCAAUCUUAUGUAUACAAGUUGUAGGUUUUACUUAAAUUUAAGCUUUCCCUGUCUAAACUCUGGCGAGACGAGGUCACAAAGGGCAGGCGGGCUGCCGGCCGCAUCCUGCCUUGGUGUGUCCUGGAGAUGUAUAUUGAAACCAUAUAGCAAUGUAUAUUAAAACCAUAUAACAACGCAUGUAAUUUAAAACAACUUCUGUGAAUGGAGUUCUGUAAGCAGUUUGAUACCGAUUUUCCGCA